AUGCAAGAAGCCGAUCGGAUCCGUGAGGUAUUAAAUACCGAUAUCAGAACCCCCAUUCCCCAGGCAGUCGUAACCAGGAUCACAUCCCUGCCACCAUUUAUCCCUAUACAAGGUGUCUCCAACUUUCGCGAUCUGAGCCAUGAUGGCAACCAGGUACGCCCAGGAUUCGUGUAUCGGUCCGGAACCUUGUCCGACAUCUGGGGUACCGGGAAAUCCACCAUCGCAACCGAAUUGGGAAUCACCAAAAUCUUCGACCUCCGGAAUGAAGGGGAGCGGCAAAAUGCCCCUUCGCCUUCUAUCACAGGAGUCGAGACGGUAUGGCUACCAAACGGAGGUCCACCGGCCACCUUAAAUCUCAGCGAUUUCGCGGGUGAAGAUAAGGGUGCUGUAGGGUUCGUGAAGAUGUACUUGGGGAUCCUCGAAGCGGCUACCCCAUCUUUCGUCGAGAUAUUCAAGCAUAUCAGAGAUAAACCUCGUGACCCAUUCAUCGUCCAUUGCUCCGACCGCACUGGUGUCUUUUCAGCUAUCGUCCUCCUCCUGAUCAAUCGACCGCAUCACGAGAUUAUCAACGAUUACAUCCUCACUCGAGUCGGAUUGGAAAGCACCCGGGAGAGCCUUAUGGAGGCAUUCUCUAUGAAUUUGGGAGCUGGUGGAGUCGAUAUCAACCAGUUGAGCCCCGAGGCGCUGGGUAUGCUCGAACUGUGUGGCGUUCGAGCGACUUCUAUGGCAGCCUUUCUGGUAGCAUUUGAGAACUCCUGGAAAAAUGGCGUUGAGGGCUAUCUCAUUGAUGGACUUGGGUUCUCAAAGAGUGAUGUAUCGCUGAUGCGCAGGAACUUGACACAGCGGAUAACUAGAUAA